AAUUUCACGACAUAAAAAAGAUUGGUGUUUCGGUUUAUAGUGAUUCACUACUGUCAAUUUUUUUUUUAAAUUCACUGUGCAAUAAAUUUUACUACAUCUUAAAUAUUGUUAAAAUUUGUUUAUCUGAUAAAAAGUAUUAUAAUUUCAGAUUAUAGAACUUUAGCUCAAAUUUUAAUUAUUUUUGGUUAAAGUAUAUAAGAACUCGGGGUGGGGCAUUCCUGUCACACAGGAAAUUGUGCAGGUGAAUGAAACCGCAUUGAUCAUGAUUAUUUCGUGAGUUUUUCUAUUAGUAAAUUUAUUAAAACAAAAUAAAAAUCAUGGCACGACCGAUUUUACCUAGCCAGCAAAAGCUGGCUGAAAAGUUAACUAUUUUAAAUGAUCGUGGAAUUGGUAUGCUUACACGUAUAUACAAUAUUAAAAAAGCCUGUGGGGAUGCUAAAUCUAAACCUGGAUUUCUUUCUGACAAAUCAUUGGAAUCAUCUAUAAAAACAAUAGUGAGGAAAUUUCCUAAUAUUGACAUCAAAGGAUUGCAAACAAUCACAAAUUUAAGAAAUGAAAUUAUCAAAUCACUGUCAUUGUAUUAUUAUACGUUUGUCGAUCUUUUGGAUUUUAAAGAUAAUGUUUGUGAAUUAUUAACAACAAUGGAUGCUUGUGGAGUUCAUAUGGAUAUUACUAUUAAUUUUGAUUUGACAAAAGGAUAUUUGGAUCUUGUUAUAACUUAUAUAAGUUUAAUGAUACUACUGUCGAAGGUUGAAGAUCGAAAAGCAGUUCUUGGACUAUUCAAUGCUGCUCAUGAAAUGGUGCAUAGCCAGUCGGAUCAAAGUUUUCCACGUCUGGGACAAAUGAUUAUGGAUUAUGAUUCGCCAUUGAAAAAAUUGUCAGAGGAAUUUGUGCCACACUCGAAAUUAUUGAAGAAUGCUUUAACAUCAUUGUGGCCAAUAUAUCCUGGAAGAAAUUUAACAGCCGAUACGUGGAGAGCAGAUCAGAAACUCAGUCUCGUGGGGAGUCCAGGACAAAUUUUGAAAGCAGCUGCAACUGAUACAAUGUCAUGUGAAACAUUAAAUUUGGAUCGAGUUGAGAAAUGGAUAAUUCUCGGUUUUACUCUUUGUCAUUCAUUUCUCAAUCAGGAACAACCUAAUCAACUUUGGACAACGGCUUUGGAAUCCGGUUGGGUCCUCGCUCUCUUUCGCGAUGAAGUGAUUUAUAUUCAUCAAUAUAUUCAAGCCUUUUUUGAAGGUAUCAAAGGCUACGGCAAGAGAGUCUCUGAGGUGAAGGAAUGCUACAAUCAUGCGAUUCAAAAAGCCAGCUAUCGUCACAGAGAGAGGAGAAAAUUCCUGAGAACAGCUCUUAAAGAAUUGGGAUUAAUUUUAACUGAUCAACCAGGUCUUUUGGGACCAAAGGUGCUUUUAAUUUUAAUGGGACUCUGUCACUCGAGGGACGAAGUUCUUUGGCUUUUGCGUCACCGUGACAAUCCUCCAAAUCAAGGCAAAGGCAAAGGUCGUGGAGGCGAAGACUUGGUCGAUAGACAACUUCCAGAAUUGCUCUUCCAUUGCGAGGAACUUCGUGCUCUUGUUAGAAAAUACUCUCAAGUUCUUCAGAGAUAUUACGUGCAAUUUCUCUCUGGAUUUGAUGCACCAGCUUUGCAUCAAAUGAUCCAAAAUCUUCCAGUUUGUCCCGAGGAAGAGGGAGCAAUUUUAAGCGAUUUAUGCUCACAAAUUGCAAGUCUCACUGUUAAACAAGUCGAGGAUAAUGAACUUUUUGAUUUUCGAGCAUUUAGACUCGAUUGGUUUAGACUUCAGGCCUAUAUGUCAAUUUCCAAGAGUGGAAUGAAUCUCGCUGAUAAUAGGGAACUUACUUCCUUUAUGGAUACCGUUAUUUUUCACACAAAAAUGGUUGAUAAUCUCGACGAUGUUCUUGUUGAAACUUCUGAUCUUUCAAUUUUUUGUUUUUACAGUAAAAUAUUCGAGGAUCAAUUUCACAUGUGUCUGGAAUUUCCAGCUCAAAAUCGCUAUAUCGUUGCUUUUCCUCUUAUUUGCAGUCAUUUUCAAAGUUGUACACACGAACUUUGUCCAGAGGAACGUCAUCAUAUUAGAGAGAGAAGUUUGUCAGUUGUCAAUAUGUUCCUUGAUGAAAUGGCAAAAGAGGCAAAGAAUAUUAUUACAACAAUAUGUGAUGAGCAGUGUAAUAUGAGUGAUAAACUUCUUCCAAAACACUGUGCAAUUCUUAUUUCACAAACAUUGAAUCGUAAGAAGAAAGAUAAGAACAAGAAGAAUAUGAUUGAAAUUCACAAACCAGGAAUUGAGAGUUACAGAAAAACACGAGAAGAAUUAACAACAAUGGAUAAAUUACAUAUGGCCUUAACUGAACUUUGUUAUUCUAUUAAUUAUUGUCCAACGAUUAAUGUUUGGGAAUAUACUUUUGCCCCAAGGGAAUAUCUUCAUCAACAUCUUGAGAAUAGAUUUGCUCAGGCUUUAGUUGGAAUGGUCAUGUUCAAUCCUGAUACAAGUGAAAUAGCAAAACCAUCGGAAUUAUUUGUUAGUGUACGAGCCUAUAUGAAUGUUCUUCAAACUGUGGAAAAUUAUGUUCACAUUGAUAUUACAAGGGUUUUUAAUAAUGCAUUACUACAGCAAACACAACCUUUGGAUAGUCAUGGAGAAAAAUCAAUUGCCGCUCUUUAUACACAAUGGUAUUCGGAAGUUUUAUUAAGAAGAGUUAGCGCUGGAAAUAUUUGCUAUUCUGGAAAUCAAAGAGCCUUUGUCAGUCUCACUGUUGAAGGAGCAAUUCCUUUCAAUGCCGAAGAAUUUUCUGAUAUCAAUGAACUGCGAGCUUUAUCAGAACUUAUUGGACCUUAUGGAAUGAAAAUGUUGAAUGAGACUUUAAUGUGGCAUAUUGCGAGUCAAGUGCAGGAAUUGAAGAAACUUGUCGCUGGGAAUAAAGAAGUUUUAGUUGCAUUGAGGACAAAUUUUGAUAAGCCAGAAGUGAUGAAAGAGCAAUUUAAAAAAUUACAACAAGUUGAUAACGUUCUUCAAAGAGUGACAAUUAUCGGUGUAAUUCUUAGCUUUAGACAACUCUCACAAGCUGCACUUGUUGAUGUUCUAGAAGAACGAAUUCCAUUUUUAUUGAGUUCAAUUCUUGAUUUUAAACAUCAUCUUCCGUCUGGUGAUCCAAUGAGAGUGGUUUCGGAAAUGACAUCAGCCGCUGGUCUCACUUGUAAAGUGGAUCCAACUUUAACAACAGCUCUUCGAAGUCAAAAAGCUGAAGUUGAUGAAGAUGAACAUAUUCUAGUUUGUCUUCUAAUGGUCUUUGUAGCCGUUUCAAUUCCUAAACUCGCGAAAAAUGAAAAUUCAUUUUAUAGAGCAUCACUUGAGGGUCAUUCAAAUAAUAUUCACUGCAUGGCUACUGCAAUCAAUAAUAUUUUUGGAGCACUAUUCACCAUUUGCGGACAAAACGAUAUUGAGGAUAGAAUGAAAGAAUUUCUUGCUUUAGCUUCUUCAAGUUUAUUGAGAUUGGGUCAAGAAGCUGAUAAGGAAGCGACAAGAAAUAGAGAAUCGGUUUAUCUUCUUUUGGAUCAAAUUGUUCAAGAAUCUCCAUUUCUCACUAUGGAUCUGCUUGAGAGCUGUUUCCCUUAUGCAUUAAUUCGUAAUGCUUAUCAUGAUGUUUAUAAAUUGGAACACGCUCAACCUUAAAAGACUUUAAAAUCAGGGUGAAAAAAUUACUUCACCAUUAAAUCGUAUUUUUUAUUUAUUUUUUUUCUCCUAUUGAAAUUAUUUUUAAACUAGAGUAAUCUAGUUUGACACGUAAAUUUGUCAAAAAGGCUAUUCUUGAAAAAAUAAAAAAAAAAUUGUAUAGAAAUGUUUUCAAUGAAAUGUUGCUGAGUCAGCAAAAAAAUUGCAACCGUUUGUAACUUACGGAAAAGUGCAAAAUGUACAGUUUUUUAGAUUGUUACGUAAUAUUUAUAAUUAAUUUUAUUGAAAACAAGUUUUUCUCACACGUUCUUCGAAUUUUCUUUUUAAUUCUAAAAAAAUUUCUUUCAUUGAAUCUUUUGAAAAAAAUACCUUCUCUUUUGCAAAAAAAAUAUUUUUAUUCUUUACAUAUGAAAAUCAUUGACAUUGUUUCUUCUUUUUGGAAAUUCAUUUUUUCCUCCGCAAAAAAUUUCAAAUAUCAAAAAUAAACCAAAUGAUCAAAAAAAAAAAAAAAAAAAAAAACGCGAAUCUAUAUUUUUUCAUAGACUUCAAAAGUUAAUUUCUUUCGAAAGAAUUUAAUUCAACAGAUAUUUACAAAUUUAAGAAAAAUCUUACAUCAUAUCUAGUUUAUAUUUAGUCUGUCAAAUCAGACUGAAAUUUUUCACGUCUUUACAAGACUAAAUCGACUGAUUAAAUUGAAAUAAAUUUAAAAGAAAAAAAAAAUUAACACAAAUUUCUGCGUGUAUGUAAAAUAAUUUAAGAAAAAUAUUUUUUAUUUGUGAGUUGCCAGCCCCUUGCACCUUUACUCCCUUUUUAUAUUCUGAGUAUGGAAUAGCAAUUUCACAUAGGAAUUACAAUUUUUCCAAAUGUCUAUCGCUUUAUUAAAUGGGCAAAAACUCUAUUUGAAAGUGUGGUGAUGUAUGAAUAAAAUUUAAUUAUUGUUUAAAACAAAAUUGAACCAAAAGCAUUUAAUUCUUAAGUUUUACUCCAGUAUUUGGUGUAUCACUGUGAAAACGGUAUUGUCCAUAACAUUCUUUAACUCCAGUGUACUUUUACACGACUAAUAUUGUAUUAACCACAAAUUUUUUAUAUGUACAAUACAAUAAUUUUACAAUAGUUUAUAAAAUAAAUAAAAUUUAAAAGAUUA